AUGGUGCAGCCUGCGUGUGAGAAGCAAGCCCGACUUGUGCUCGCAACUUGCGAUUUGUUGGCUUCCGAGAUCGCCAGCCCAGCUGCAGUGAAUGCUCUACUCGGCCUGCAACAGUGGUUUUGUUUGCUGCAAAGGGGAAUGCUCAGCAUUUUCUCGGAAGUUUACAAUUUCGUUCGGGAGCAGCCAGAGUCAGAGAAGCGGCGUGUUCCGGCCAGCGUUUUGGAUGAGCUGUUCGUGUCCUUAGCUCUGGCUCCGCUUUUGCCAGCAAGCCUUGAUCGUGAAUUCCUUCCUGAAGUCUUGGCGUGCGAUGCUGCUCCAGAGUAUGGCUUCGGUGUAACCCUGGUCCAGUGUGGAAAGCGCAUGGCAGAGAGAGUUGGCAGGCUGUCAGAGCGCAGAGGGGACUACGUCAGGCUGGAGCACUCAGCGGAAGACCCGCCCGAAGUUGAACGUUUGGGCACGCUUCACCGGAUGCCGUUCAAGAAGACGGACUUUAAGCAGCUGAUUUCGUGCAAGGCAAGAUGGUCAGGCCACUCGGGCCUCCUGGAGUGUCACGGAGUUCUGCUGUCGGUGAAGUGGAUUGCUAGAAGUCGUAGGAGGCAUCACCGCCGCGCUGUCAUCCUAGUCGAUGCCAAAACCGCCAUAGGCAGCGUGGCAAAAGGGCGAAGCUCGGCUCGCUCUUUGAGAAGGGUGUUGCGGAGCAUCGCCGGACACGCUCUGGCAGCGGACCUUUUGCUGACAACCCGGCUGAUGGGCCUUCAAGGGGAAGGCGUCUUGUUGGGCGAAAGCGGGGCUCCUACCACUUCCGGUGAUCCUGACUUCGGAGAUGUUUUUCACAGGCAAGAGUUUUUCAUGCAUGCGAUGACUGAUGUGCCACUGACGCUCACUGCCAUGCAGCCGGGGCUCCUGGACCCCACCUUCGACAAGCUUUGGACGGAGCUUGGAGCUGCUGUGUGGUUGCUGGGCUCGCGAUCUGCGUCCAUUCGCGUAGUGCUAGCAUGCCUGGUAAAUCUGUACUUGUUCCUCUGUCGCAAGUCUGAGGCAUCGUGGGUGCAGGGCCGGAGCACGCGCAGCUGCUGUGGCUGUUUUGUGUCAAGCCUUGCCCUGCUUUUCCAGCCCAGAAGUCCUGAUGUGAGGCCCCACCCACCCACCCGGGUACUUCGAAUUGAAGGAGUUGCAGGCGUCUGGUGUUUGGCAUCCGCAGGCCAACUUUCUGACAACCCGGGCAAGUGGAAGCCGGACAAGGUUUUCGAGCCGCUAGGAGCCAACUGCACCAUCCUAACAGUCCGCCACAGCUUUGAGAGCCAACGGGACAAGACGGCAAUCGAAGGAAAACAAUUGAUGGAGUGGUGCCAGGACACUGUGGAAUACACCUUUGCUUACCAAAACCAGAGUACAGCGUACUCAGAGUCGCCCCUGCUCUCACGGCGAAAUGAUCGCAAAUACAAAUUGUUUAGCCCCAUGGCGGAUGUGUGCCACGGUGCUGCUGGCUACCGGGACCCGGUGUGCGGCCACUUAUGCAGUGUAGGCCAGGAGGUCUUCUGCUGGAAGCCGGUUCAUGGCGCCCGUCCCACUUGGGCCGCCUGUGGAAAUCCGCAGUGCUACAAGAUCAUGCCGCCCCAGCUGGUGCAAAGCAUGGCAAACGAGAAACUACGCGAUGAUUUUCUGGUUGUCGGCUUACUACUUCUGGUAGCUGCGUGUGCUUGUUGUUGUGCUGUCAUCAGCGGCUCCCGUUCAGAUGAAAACGAAGACUCCGAUUCCGACUCCUGGCCGCAUCGGGAAAUCUGA